GACGGGAAGCAGCUCCCGCGGAGCGGCCGCCAGACCCCGGCCAGGGCUGGGGAGAGGCCGCCGGGGCGCCAGCGCCCGGGGCGGGGGGCGCCGCGUCGGGGCCGCAGCGGAGCCCGCUCCCCACCCCUUCGCUUUUUUCCCCUCCCCGUCGGAGCGGGCGCGCACGAGAGCGUGAGAGAAAAAGUUGCAGCGCGGGGCCGGGAGCUGGAGGCUGCGGGGCCGGGCGGGGGCGAGCCCUCCGGGGAGGCGGCGUGUGCCGGCCCCUCCCGCGGGAACGGGUGACUUCUUCGCCGAGGGAUGCCCAGAGGACGGCUGCGAGCGGCCGGGGAGCAAACCCCCGCAGCCCCCUAGGAAAAAAGGAGCUCGCUCCCCUCUUACUCCUCUGCGCUGGGGGAGGGGAGGAGGGAGGAGAAGUAUAUGCAUCAUGAAUGAAUCUGCCUCUAGUGGAAAUGGUCAAGAGUUUGAUGUAUUUAGUGCUAUGGACUGGAAGGAUGGCAUAGGUACUUUGCCAGGAAGUGACCUAAAGUUUAGGGUGAAUGAAUUUGGGGCCCUGGAAGUGAUUACAGAUGAAACUGAGAUGGAAAGUGUUAAAAAGGCAACUGCUACCACAACCUGGAUGGUUCCAACUGCUCAAGAAGCCUUCUCAGAAAAGACAGGGAUCCCUACAAGGUUGAAGGAAACUGCAAAAAUGGAUGGACUUGUUUUCUGUGAAAACUGUUACAGCUAUGGUACCAUAGAAGAAUUUGUUCCUGAAGGGAAAUUUUGCAGCCAGAAAUGUGCCCAACAAGUAAAAAACAAAGAACCAAAGGAGGAAAAGCCUAGCAUGGAAUACAAUGGGGAAGAUGAUUCCAAAGGCAUUCGGAAAAGAAAAGCAAAGUUACCUCUCAAAGAAGAAUCCAGGGAUAAUGGGGAGAAGAAAGAGAAUCCUGAUGAAACUGAAGAUAAGCCUGAAGGAAGGAUCUUGAGAGUCUCACAGAGAGCCAGGAGAAAAAGAAAAGGAGAAAUAACAGUUUUGAAACAAACUGUACCCUCUAAAGGAAGGCAAGCAUGGUGUUGGGCAUCCUAUCUGGAGGAAGAAAAGGCUAUUGCAGCACCUACUAAGCUUUUUAAAGAGUAUCAGUCUUUCCCAUACAACAAGAAUGGCUUCAAAGUGGGGAUGAAGCUGGAGGGGGUGGAUCCCGAGCACCAGUCGAUAUACUGUGUUCUGACGGUGGCUGAGGUUUGUGGUUACAGAAUACGACUCCAUUUUGAUGGAUACCCAGAUUGUUACGAUUUCUGGGUGAACGCUGAUUCUUCUGACAUUCAUCCUGUUGGAUGGUGUGAGAAAACAGGUCACAAGCUUCAUCCACCUAAAGGGUAUAAGGAAGAAGAAUUCAGCUGGCCCUCAUACCUAAAGGCAUGCAAGGCUCAAGCGGCUCCUAAGUCACUGUUUGAAAACCAGAAUGCAACAGUGAUUCCAUCGGGAUUUCGAGUGGGGAUGAAGCUGGAAGCCGUAGACAAGAAGAACCCGACUUUCAUUUGUGUUGCUACGGUAACAGACAUGGUGGACAAUCGUUUUCUGGUUCAUUUUGACAACUGGGAUGAGAGUUACGACUACUGGUGUGAGGCAGCUAGCCCACAUAUUCAUCCUGUUGGAUGGUGUAAAGAACAUAAAAGAACUCUCAUCACCCCACCAGAUUAUCCACAUGCUAAGCAUUUUUCUUGGGAGAAGUAUUUGGAAGAAACCAGUUCAUUACCUGCACCUGCACGGGCUUUUAAAGUGAAACCUUCACAUGGCUUUCAGAAAAACAUGAAACUUGAAGUCGUUGACAAGAGAAAUCCAGUAUUUAUUAGAGUAGCAACUAUUGUAGAUACUGAUGACUACAGAAUAAAAGUACAUUUUGAUGGCUGGGAUAGUAUUUAUGAUUAUUGGACUGAUGUAGAUAGCCCUGAUAUCCAUCCUGCGGGCUGGUGUACAAAAACCGGACACCCUCUUCAGCCCCCACCUAGUCCCUUGGAAUUGGUGGAAGCUUUAGAGCAUGGAGGUUGUCCCACAGCAGGAUGUAAAGGAGUUGGACACAUUAAAAGAGCAAGACAUAUCGGCCAUCAUAGUGCAGUCACCUGCCCGUAUUCGGAGAUGAACUUGAACAAGGAAAGCCUCUUACCUGACCGGCUGAGUGGGGAGAUGCCUGCAGCCAGUCCUGUCCCCAGGAAUAGAAAAAUGGAAGCAAGUGAAAGAUCCACCUCUCCUGUAAUCAAUGACAGAAAAUGCCCCAGCCCUGGUCACAUAGCUAUGAAAUCUUCAGCUCAUAAUCGACCAUCUGGGAAAACUGUAUCAGACACAACUGAGCAGGAGGAUACAGAAAGUACAUCUCCUUCCAAGAAGCCCGUGUUAUGUGAUGUGAAAGAAAAGAAGGCACCUGGUGGAGUACUACAAACAAAGGACUCCAUAAAGAACAAAGAGUGUGAAGAGGAGGAGACAGAAAAUAAGCUGCUCAUUUCAAAUGAAAUUAAAGAUGUUGAAGAACCCAACACGCAGAGGCUUCUUUCUCAACCAGUUAUUGUGUCUUCCAAGUUGCAAAUCCCUGGCCUACCCCUGCGCUGGGAACAGCAGAGCAAACUCCUUCCCAGUGUAGCUGGGAUCCCAGCCAGUAAAGUUUCCAAGUGGAGUACAGAUGAGGUCUCUGAAUUUAUACGGAGUUUACCAGGAUGUGAAGAACAUGGCAAGGUGUUCAAAGAUGAGCAAAUUGAUGGAGAAGCAUUUCUGCUAAUGACCCAAUCGGACAUAGUCAAAAUAAUGAGCAUUAAACUGGGACCAGCCCUAAAAAUCUUUAAUUCCAUUCUGAUGUUCAAAGCUGCAGAGAAAAACUCACACAAUGAACUUUGAAGGUAAUGUGUACAAGCCAGCUUUCUCCACUGGAGCUCAUGUUUUAUUCAAAGCACAAAGACUCGCCAGAACUGUUGAGCAGGGACUCUCGGAAAGGAAGAAAUGUGCAUUCAGCACUGAUGGACUAUUUAUAUUCUCCUGGAGCCAGUACACAUCCGAAUCCUUCUGGGAAGUGUUUGAGCUUUUGAGAAGGUGCUGUGUAACAACCGAGUCAGCUAGUCUUAUUUAGCAAACUAAUGGCGCUAAUUCUCCGUGGAUGGUUAGGAUCCCUAACUUUCUCUGGACAUCAUGAAAACCUUCAUUAAUUAUUUAUGCUGUAUUAUAUAAGGGAACGUUAAUAUUUUCUAAGAAUUCUUGAAUUCUCCUUCAUGUACCCAUUUUACUUUUCAGAAGCUUUUCCUUCAUACUAUCAAAAUAAAAACUGAUUAGCCAAAAAUUAGGCUACAGGUAGCCAGAUAAGACUGUUAUGGCUAAAUGUAUUUGUGCCAUAGUUUAAAAAUGAAACACUUAAUGUUACAUAUGUGACACUUUAUGCUACAGCAUAUAACUUUACAGAUUAUAAAACUGUCUGUUUGCUUGUAACAAAACAAAACAAACCUUGUUGGGGUUGAAAUUACAAUGCUUUUUUGAUAACUGAAUGUUUUUACUUUUGCACGAUUACAAAAAUGUUAUGUGAGUUUUUCCACCAGCAUCUUUAAUGUACCUUACCAAAAGAUCAGAAUACAGAAGGCUGCAACUGAAAAAUAAAGGUUGACUUCACAGAAGGCUUUUUCUUUAUGCUGCACAAUAGAGCCCCAGCCACGGGAGCCUGCUACAGUCCUUCUGCACAUGAAGGAAAAUACAUGCAUUUUGAGGUCAGGAUAUUAGAAAAAAUAAAAUAUAUUCAGUCCUAUCUGCACAUGCCAGUCUCCAGUAUAGUUACCACGACAGUGGAGAAAAACCGUGUGCUAAAGCUAUGACUGCUACUUUGGCUUCAUAUUCGAUAUAGGUUUAUUUUCCCAAUGGUGGGAGAAUUAUUUCACCCACCAUUUCCUAGUUGGAAAGUCUGAUUUGUAAAUGAAUAAGGCACUGGGAGAAAGACAAAGCUCAGAGGAAAAGGAUACUUAAUGGCAUAUGGUGCAUUGGCAUAUCCUAGGUGCAAAAUGCAUGAGUGUCACCAGGUCAUUAGCAAGGCUGCGGUUGCCACCAGCAGGUACUCAGGUGAGGCAACCUUCUUUCUUGGAGGAUUAUUAUCGUGAUUUGUCAGGGAAAGUCAUUACACUUGGUAUAUAUAUAUAUAUGUAAGAUGUAAACCAGAUGCACUUUGAAUGGGAGAAAGCCUAGCUACCUGUAUACAGAGGACUGUUGCAGAAUGUCACUUCUACAAGUACAGAAUUGGAUCAAGAUUUUUGGCAGCCCUCUUCUUAGAGCUGCAGUGGGCAGUUGCUCAGCUCAGCCUCUGAAGCUGAGAACAGAGCAUUUCUGUUGCACAGAGCUGGGAGAAUUUCACAUCUUCCCACUGAUUUUGCUAGGCUGUUCUUUGGCUGGAGUUCCUUGGGAUUUCAAGAAGUCUCUGUGCCCUUCCAGAUCAUGUAGGUGACUGUUGGCUGCCAUAAUAUGAGGUGAAACAGGGUCAGUAUGAAGUAAGUUGCAUUGCUCUAUUAAUUUCCUUCCAUAGCCUUGCGUAAAUAAUAUUUUUACAUUUUGUUCAAUAUUUGUACAUUCAAAUUGCACUCUUAUUGUACUACAAUACAAAUAAAACCUGAACUGGA